AUGGCGUACCGACCCCUCAUUCUCCAAUGGCUGGCUCUCGCGCUGCUCCUCGCAGUAGCCUCGGCAUCCGCCACCGACAUGCCACCCGCCAACCCCCUCCAGCUUGCUGAGCGCGCGCUCCCCCGUGUCUGCGAGGGAAAUGCCACCCUGCGACGCCUGGCACCCAGCCCCGACAUGAAGCCAGCGAGCGCUGCCGACUGCAAGAGCCUGCUCAGCAGCCUCCAGCGCACCGACGACGGUGACGGAAACACCAGGCGCCCGUACGUGUACAAGGUCCCCUCGGCCGGCGUCGGCGUGAAUGCCGUAAAGGCCGGGUCCUGCAGCAUCGUGCUGAGCCCGGCCGCUGGCCCCGCCGCGGCCGGCAAGCUGGAGUUCGCGCUCGCGGUGGGGGACCUGGCCGACAUAUUGGCCGCCGCCUACGACCUGAUGAACGCGGGCGGGGAGGAGAUCGCGGCAUAUGGCAGCGACUGGAACUGCCAGGACGCCGAGAUGAAGCACAUCAUGGUGGACUGGUUCGUCUACAACGAGAACAGGGACGAGGUCAAGCCUCUGCCCUUGCCCGCAAGCCGGGGACUGAGCCGGGGGGAAUCGAAGGCGAAGAGUAAGCCACGCGGCGGCGGCGGAUCCGGCGGAUCGGGAGUGUGCACGUGCAAGUCUUCAGGGAGCUCGUACUAUGGGCCUCGGCAGCAGCAACAGCGCCACGUUCUGGUUGCAGGCCAUGCAGUCGGCGCCGACGGGCGUGACCUCGUUCCCCAACCAGGCCAGCUCCGUCCUGUUAAGGGCGAGGCCGCAGGUUUGGACGGUACCGCCGACGGCCACGCUGACGCAGAAGCCGGCUUCGAGCAGGACCCCCGGGGGUACAGGGCGGAACAUGUUGCGGACGCCCGCACACGCCCUACUCGACGGCCGACGCGAAGACGAGAAUGGCGUCUGCGCACACGAAUUGGCUCGUCUUGUCCCACCGGCAGAGCGUGCCCGUCGCGAAAAAGGUCCCGAUCAUCCAGUCGUCUAGCAUUGCCGACGAAGAUGGAGCAGUUGAGGAAAGAGGGCCAUCAUCUGCGCGCGCGGAAGACGGCCCCGUGGCGGGGCCUUGGCGUAGCGACCCACCAUCUUCUCGUCCGAGACGCAAGUCUUGCGCCUGCGCGUCAAGCGGCCACGCCGGCACCGACAGCGGGCCAGAGCCUCAGCGCCGCGAUGCCCAGCGCGAGCGGCAGCACCAGCACCAGCAGGAAGCACCAGUUGGGCACUUCCAGGGGUACCGCGGCAUGGGACGCGUGUGCGGGUCGCCGGACGACUCUUGGAUGGACGUGCCGUGCUGGAGACCUCGCUGAUCGGCUUGUUGAAGGCCUCCCAACUCUCACCGGACACCUCAACCCAUUCUGCGCGGGCUUGAGGCGGGUAAUUGGGCUGAGAUUUAAACCUUUAAUCGAAAUUGGAACGGUACGCGCAACUUAA